AUGUCAGACGACCCUCUGGGAGACGUUUUCAACAUUGAGGAUAAAUUCUAUCAAGAAGGCUACAAGCAAGGGCUUGAGGACGGCAUCAAGGCCGGCCGAGUCGAAGGCCGUUCCUUUGGCCUGCAAAAGGGCUUCGAAAAGUUCCUCGAGAGCGGCCGUCUAGCCGGCAAGGCGGUCGUUUGGGCCAACAGGAUACCGUCAUCGACUGCGAACCAACCUGGUCCCACCAGCGGCGAGGGCAAGUCGGCGGAGUCGAAAGGCGUGUGCACACUACCGCCGCUGGCGAGCAAUGCACGACUCGACAAGAACAUCAAGAUGGUGUAUGCGCUCGUCGAACCAGAUACGUUGUCUACAGAGAAUACGGAUGAGGCGGUCCAAGAUUUCGACGACCGCCUGAAGCGGGCGCAGGGAAAGGCCAAGGUUGUCGAGCGGAUGCUCGGCUGA